CUUGAAGGAUUUUCAUUCUCAGCAAAAUGAUACUAUUUGGAAUACUAAAAUCCACGCUCGUCGCAUCUACUUCCCCCUGGCGUCUUUUGGCCCGAAACUACAAGGUGACUGUAGUGGGCGCCGGUGGAGGAAUUGGGCAGCCACUCUCGCUUCUCAUUCGCCAGAAUGCAGGAAUCAGGGAACUGGCCCUGCACGACAUCAACGAGAUAAAGGGAAUCGCUACGGAUCUGUCGCACAUUUCCAUGCCGGGACGAGUGACAAGCUUUGUGGGUGAGAGCGAGCUAGAGGCAGCGGUGUCGGGAGCCAAUGUAGUGGUGGUGGCCGCGGGGAAGCCCCGUCUUCCAGGCAUGGAACGGGAGCAGCUGAUGGCCGCCAACGGUGUUGUGGCAGCAAAGGUGGCCAGUGCCGUGAGUGUUGCCUGUCCGGGCACUCUUCUGGCCUUCAUCACAAAUCCCAUCAACAUGAUUGUUCCAACGGCAGCGGAGAUCCUAAAGGCCAACGGGGUGUUUGACCCUAGACGUCUCUUUGGUAUCACUACUCUGGAUGUGGUGCGAGCGAAGAAGUUCAUAGGCACUGCCAUGGGGAAGGAUCCCCGUCAUGUGGACAUCACGGUUAUUGGCGGACAUGCGGGAACCACAAUCCUGCCACUAAUCUCCACUUGUAAGCCUAAGUACGUGGAUGAAGACAAGCAAAUCGAAAAAAUGGUCCAUCGCAUCCAGGAGGCGGGAACCGAGGUAGUGGAAGCCAAGGCCGGCAGUGGAUCGGCCACUCUAUCGAUGGCCUUUGCCGGAGCCCAAUUCGUUGACGCCCUCCUGCGAGGAAUUCGCGGCCACGAGGGCGUGGUCGAGUGCGCCUUUGUGGCCUCGGAGCUGACAGAGGCACCCUUCUUCGCCAGUAACGUGGAACUGGGACAGUACGGUGUCAAGCGUUACCUGGAUAUGCCGCAGUUGAGCGAGAUGGAAAUGGAGGCCCUGGCGAAGCUUCUUCCCAUUUUACGUAAAAGCGCCGAAGAGGGCAUCGAGUUUGCCAGAAAAUACUUAAAAGAACUCGAGGAGACCGUUCCUACUGCGUUGCCAAAAGCGCAGUAAUAAGUAUAUAUAAUUAUUGUCU